UUCCUUUCUCGCGAGCAUAAACCAACCCAGCUCACACGAAGCGACCCUUCCCCCCCGCUUCUCUCUCGUCUCUCCCCCCAGCAGCAAUGGCGUUCUGUGGCGCGGCGGCGGUGAAGAAGAAGAAGAACUCGUAGACGGCGGCAGUUUCUGUAUCGUCAAGACCUAGAAGGCCGCAUUUGGAGCCUGGAGGCCGUCUGCCGCAGAUUUAAGCGAGCUUCAUCUCUCGUAGCGUCUUCCCUCUCACAGAAUCGCGUUCUCGCGGCGUUUCCUGGAGCAUUUUGGGAUACCUCCGUGGCAAAAAUCCCACCUUGUGCCAUCUGGGAUCCAACUCGCAGCAAUGCAUCCUCUCUUGCUGGUUCUCGUCCACCUCGUCUUCUUGGCGGAGGCCAAAGGCGCCGGCCGCGGCGCGGGCUCGGUGGCGGCGCUGAACGAUGACGUGCUGGGGCUGAUUGUGUUCAAGGCCGACGUGGUGGACCCGGAGGGGCGCCUCGCGACGUGGAGCGAGGACGAUGAGCGGGCCUGCGCAUGGGCCGGCGUCACCUGCGACCCGCGCACCAGCCGCGUCUCCGGGCUCUCCCUCGACGGCUUCGGCCUCUCCGGCAAGCUCGGCAGGGGCCUCCUCCGCCUCGAGUCGCUCCAGUCGCUCUCCCUCUCCCGCAACAACUUCUCCGGCGACCUCCCUGCCGACCUCGCCCGCCUCCCGGACCUCCAGUCGCUGGACCUCAGCUCCAACGCCUUCUCGGGCGCCGUUCCUGACGGAUUCUUCGGCAAGUGCCACUCCCUCCGCGACGUCUCCCUCGCCAACAACGCCUUCUCCGGUGGCAUCCCUGAUGUCGGCGGAUGCGCCACGCUCGCCUCUCUGAACAUGUCGUCCAAUCGCCUUGCGGGGACGCUACCUGGCGGCAUUUGGUCCCUGAACGCCCUUCGAACUCUGGACCUCUCUGGCAAUGCCAUCACUGGUGACUUGCCUGUAGGCAUCAGCAAGAUGUUCAAUCUGCGGGCACUGAACUUGCGUAGCAACCGCCUCACGGGCAGCCUCCCGGAUGACAUUGGGGACUGCCCGCUGCUUAGGUCAGUGAACCUCAGGUCCAAUUCGCUGUCGGGCAACUUACCGGAGUCCCUGCGAAGGCUCUCCAGUUGCACAGACCUUGACUUGAGCUCAAAUGAGCUCACCGGGACUGUUCCAACCUGGAUUGGAGAAAUGGCGAGCUUGGAGAUGCUAGAUUUGUCGGGGAACAAGUUCUCCGGGGAGAUUCCGGAAUCUAUUGGCGGACUCAUGUCAUUGAGGGAGUUGAGGUUGUCUGGAAAUGGGUUCACUGGUGGCUUGCCUGAGUCAAUUGGGCGAUGCAGAAGCCUAGUGCAUGUCGACGUGAGCUGGAAUUCCCUGACUGGCAGCCUGCCUGCCUGGAUCUUUUCAUCCGGCGUGCAAUGGGUGUCGGUCUCGGAUAACACUUUGAGUGGUGAGGUACUGGUUCCUGUGAAUGCUUCCUCUGUGAUUCAAGGUGUGGACCUGUCAAGCAACGCAUUCUCAGGACCAAUCCCAUCGGAGAUCUCACAACUGCUGACGUUACAGUCGUUGAACAUUUCUUGGAACUCACUGUCUGGGAGUAUUCCAGCCAGUAUCAUGGAGAUGAAAUCACUGGAGUUGCUUGAUUUGAGUGCUAAUAGGCUCAAUGGGAGGAUUCCAGCUACCAUUGGAGGAAAGUCGUUGAAAGUGUUGAGGCUGGGGAAGAACUCCCUUGCUGGAGAAAUUCCAGUCCAGAUUGGCGAUUGCUCUGCCCUUGCUUCACUGGAUCUAUCACAUAAUGGUCUAACAGGAGCUAUUCCAGCAACCAUAGCCAAUCUCACCAAUCUUCAGACAGCUGAUCUUUCUCGGAAUAAGCUCACCGGUGGUCUGCCAAAGCAGCUCUCCAACCUUGCCCACCUCAUUCGCUUCAAUGUUUCACAUAACCAGCUCUCUGGGGAUCUCCCUCCUGGUAGCUUUUUUGAUACUAUCCCCUUCUCAUCAGUGUCUGACAAUCCUGGCCUUUGCGGUUCAAAGCUCAACUCUUCUUGUCCUGGUGUGCUACCAAAACCAAUUGUACUGAAUCCAGACUCUUCCUCCAAUCCGCUAGCACAGACGGAACCUGUGCUAGAGGGGCUCCGUCACAAGAAAACCAUACUGAGCAUCUCAGCCCUUGUUGCAAUUGGUGCUGCUGUUCUCAUUGCUGUUGGCAUCAUAACCAUUACUGUUCUUAACCUUCGAGUUCGUUCACCGGCUUCUCAUUCUGCCCCUGUACUAGAACUCUCAGAUGGAUAUCUCAGUCAGUCUCCCACAACUGAUGUGAACGCAGGCAAGCUUGUAAUGUUUGGAGGAGGCAAUUCAGAAUUCAGUGCAAGUACCCAUGCUCUCCUGAACAAGGACUGUGAGCUUGGCCGUGGUGGUUUUGGCACUGUAUACAAGACAACUCUCCGAGAUGGCCAACCUGUUGCCAUAAAGAAACUGACUGUGUCAAGCUUGGUUAAAUCUCAAGAUGAAUUCGAGAGGGAAGUGAAGAUGUUGGGCAAGCUACGCCACCACAACCUUGUUGCACUCAAGGGCUAUUAUUGGACACCAUCGCUUCAGCUUCUUAUCUAUGAGUUUGUCUCUGGGGGCAACUUACAUAAACUACUGCAUGAGUUGUCCACUGUAAGUUGCCUUUCAUGGAAGGAAAGAUUUGAUAUAGUUCUUGGUAUAGCAAGAAGCCUGGCUCACCUCCACCGGCAUGACAUUAUCCACUACAAUCUGAAGUCAAGCAACAUUAUGCUCAAUGGAUCUGGUGAGGCCAAGGUGGGGGACUACGGAUUAGCAAAGCUACUGCCUAUGUUGGAUCGGUAUGUUCUAAGCAGUAAGGUACAGAGUGCACUUGGUUACAUGGCACCAGAAUUUACAUGCAGGACUGUAAAGAUAACUGAUAAAUGUGAUGUUUAUGGAUUUGGAGUUCUUGUCCUUGAGGUCAUGACUGGGAAGACACCAGUGGAGUACAUGGAAGAUGAUGUUAUUGUUCUGUGUGAUGUGGUGAGAGCUGCUUUAGAUGAAGGAAAAGUGGAAGAAUGUGUUGAUGAGAGGCUUUGCGGGAAAUUUCCGCUGGAGGAAGCUGUUCCUAUCAUGAAACUUGGCUUAGUCUGUACUUCUCAGGUUCCUUCCAAUAGGCCAGACAUGAGUGAGGUGGUGAAUAUAUUGGAGUUGAUCAGAUGCCCUCCGGACAGCCCAGAAACUGAAUUAGGUUAAGCUCUAUCUGCUUUGGUCUUCUUUUUGGUGGAUCUUGUCUCAUUUUGGAGUCCUUGGCUUGGUAACCGAUUAAAUGAUGAAAGUGGAAGGACAUUCUAUCUAGUUUACUUUAGGUCGUAGGAGCAAGCCAAAGUGUGAAGUGCCAAGGUAGUCAUUUGAUAGUCAAGGAAUUAUGCCAUGCAUGCAAUGGUUUCAUGGCCUAUAUCUGUUGAUGUGUUUGACUUUGAUCCUCAUCAGUAUGAUGUCUGUUGUGGAUCCUCUCACAUCAAUUAUAUAAGCAUGAGAUUUCUGUAGAAAAUAUUGAUGCUCGCUCUUACUGUUCUGGUGGCUUCACUGCAAGUUGUCUGUAGUUUCGGUUUCAAUUAUGCAUCGUGAUCAUGUAAUGCUACUUGUGUAGUGUGUCCCCCGCCCCCUUUCUAGCAUUUUUAGUACUCCCUCCGUCCAACAAAAGAUGUCUCAAGUUUGUUAAAAUUUGGAUGUAUCUAGACAUGACUUAGUGUAUAGAUGCAUUCAAAUUUAGUCAAAAUUGAGACAUCCUUUGUUGCACGGAGGAAGUAGAAGCUUGCCACAUGUUGGUGUCUGCCUUUUCUAACCACCUAUAGCUAUGGCCAUCCUAUUGAUGUAAUCCUGUCAUUUCUAGGUAGGUCUAUCUGUAAUGUAGAACUUAUAUGCAAUUGAGCCCCGAUAAAUCCAUGUGUAUAUCUGCA